GAGCAAUGAGGAAGGCAUGCGGCUGGUAACUGAAAUGGGCCAGACUUUCCAAGAUGUCCACCUCUGUUGGCUGGGACCAGUCAUCCCUGUGCUGAGGCUUGUUGACCCUGCAUUUGUUGCUCCCCUGCUCCAGGCCCCAGCUUUGGUGGCCCCAAAGGACACAACUUUCUUACGCUUCCUGAAGCCCUGGCUGGGAGAUGGGCUCUUCCUGAGUUCAGGUGACAAGUGGAGCCGCCAUCGCCGCCUGCUCACACCUGCCUUCCACUUUGACAUCUUGAAGCCCUAUGUGAAGAUUUUUAACCAUAGUGUGAACAUCAUGCACGUGAGUUCUUCAAACCUAGGGUCUCACAUACGGUAUUGCAGAAAAGGUAAUGGCUCGAGCAGAUGUAGUCUGAAGGUUCGGUUCGGUUCUGUGGUCACGGAGAUAUCAGCUUUCUUCCCACCUCUCAGUUUCCCCAUCUUUAAAGUGAGAAUAAUAAUCUGUACUUAAAAGGUGAUCAGGAUAGAAUCCUGGAGUCAUGCUUCUAGCAGGUAGAUGAGUUCAUAGUAGACAGUAUUUACUGUUCUUCACAAAAGCCCUGGAAUGUCAACCAACAGUUGAUACUGACCAUCGAAGAAGCUCUUUCUUUGUAUGAUACUAGUUUAAACUUCGUUGCUUUAAAGCUGAUCAUGGUGACACACUUUUUUUUUUUUUUUAAGAUUUAUUAUUGUAAGUAAUUACACUGUAACUGUCUUCAGACACACCAGAAGAA